UUUCCCAGCUGAUAUUUAUUCACCUGUCAGAGCAACAGGAGGAGGAGGAGGAGGAGGAGGAGGAGGAGGAGGGGGAGGCUAGGUCACUGGAAAAAGAAGAGGGAAAAGGUCAGGUGGGGUCAGAACCAAACUCCCCGGACGCGAGAGGCAGAGACGGAUAUGGUGGAGGCGCUGUGAGGGUCUGCAUGUGAUAACUAAACGUAUUCGCUCUAAUGCACAGUGAAUCAAGCUGUGGCGAGGCUGUGGUGACGCGCUGUGGUAGCCUGGAGGGUGGGGGGGGAAGGGGGGCGCAGCUGGUGGUGGUGGUGGAGGCGGAUGAAAAAGGGGAGUGACCAACCCUCACCUCAUCCAUGCAACGCCUCCAUCAGACCAGACCAGCUCUUCCCCUCCUCCUCCUCCUCCUCCCACCAGGCCAGAUGCUCCGCUCAGGGUCCUCGCCCGUAGGAGCCUUCGUCAGUAGCACAGCGCGGGUGGGAGGCUGAGAGGGAGUGAGGGAGGGAGGGCCGGAGCGAGGGAGGCGCAGAGAGAGCCUGGUGGCGGCGGUGGCGGCGGCGGUGCUCGGCGUGUGUUGCAACCCCCCGCAGGUCCUGUCCAGACCACAUUGUCUCCAAACUGGAACACGCCUCUUUUGCCGCGGCUCCUCCUGUAGCGGACUUUUGGCCAACAGAGUCUCCGCUUCGGGCCAAUAUUUCCGCCCAGUAUUGAUCGGCGGGGGGCGGCGGGCCAAUGGGCGGGCGCGCUGGCCACCUCGCCCCGCCCCCAGCAAUGGCCAGGCCUGCUGGGUUGCCGAUGGCCCGGGUACAAGUGUGUGUGAUUAUUGAAUUAAGCUUAUCAUUUGAUUUCUCGGCGUGGUGGUGAGCACACGGCACUAAGACACCGCCACUAAUAUCAUCACUAAUAAUUUGAUAUCAUCUGUAAUAAUUUGAUAGGAGCGCUGAUUCAAUUAGGCGAGUGACUUGAGGAGUUGCAUUAAUAACACAAUUAGAAGCGGCCCGCCACCACCUUCUCACCUGAGGACUGUCCGCGUGGUCGCUGGCGGCGGUGUGGUCGGCGGCCUCCGGGUUCUGCUGAAGGUGCAGUAGCGCGCCGCCAGGAUGGACUACGCCUACCUCAACCAGGCGGCGGCGGCGGGCUUCGAGGCCUCGUCCUGCAGCCUCGGGGGCACGCUGGGCGGCUCCAUGGACGCCAGUCACGCGCCCUACACCUACGGGGACCUCACCUCCUGCUCCCAGAUGCCCUCCGCCUAUCGCUACACGGGCGCGGGCGUGCGGGGCUACAACACGGGCGUGGGCGUGGGAGUGGGCGUGGGCUCUCAGCAAUGCGGGGUGAUGGGCCGCCCGCAGGAUCACCGCGCCAUGUUCCCCGCCUCCGUCACCCCCGUCAACCUGCAGACCUCCUCGCCCAGCAGUUCAUGGCUACAAGCUGGCCUUGGCUAUAAGAUGUACGGGCCUCACGACGGAGUGCUCAGCGAGAAACGGAAGCAGAGACGCAUUCGCACGACCUUUACUUCGGCCCAGCUGAAGGAACUUGAGCGUGCCUUCCAGGAGACUCACUACCCCGACAUCUACACGAGGGAGGAGAUUGCCAUGAAGAUCGAUCUGACGGAGGCGCGGGUGCAGGUGUGGUUCCAAAAUCGACGCGCCAAGUUCCGCAAGCAGGAGAGACUGGCGCAGCAGAAGGCCCAGCAGCAGCAGCAGCAACAACAGCAGCAGCAGCAGUCCUCCAGCGCUGCCAACAACAACAACAACGAGAACAGCAACGGCUCCAGCAGCGGCGCCACCACUAGCGGAAGUCCCGGAGCAGGGAAGGGCGAAAGCAAGACAGGUGGGAACUCUACAGGUGGAGGAGGGGGAGGGGUGGGCUCCUCCUCCACCCCCUCCAAGGCCCUCCACCAGCCCUCCUCCAUGGCCUCCUCCACCACCGCCAACACCGCCGUCUCCUCCGCCUCCACCACCUCCCUCCACCACCUCGACCACAAGCCUGUCGUGGGCAAGCUGGAAUCGUCGCCCAAGUGGUCAUCCGCGGCCCCGGCGGCGUCAGCUCCCGGCGGGGGCAGCGGCGCCGGCGGUGCAGGGGGCUGCAGCUCCCCGCUCACGGCCCUGGAGCGCCCCUCGUCCUGCCCCUCGCCCGUCCCCCUCACCACCCUCACCGCCCACUCCGCCCACUCGGUGCACCACGGCGGCAACGUGGGCGUGCACGCCAACAUGGGCGGCAUGCAGCAGGGCCACCCGCCGCCGCCCUUCUCCCUCCUCAACCACACCGUCAACAAUUACAUGCUGCCGGACCCCGCCAAGAGCAACCUCAUCUCGCAGCUCUUCUAACUACCUCCCGCACCACCCCGCCCCCCCACCCCGCCCCGCCCCGCUUACCCCGCCCCGCCACCGCCCCCACACCGCCGCCAGCGUGGGGCCGACACCUGACAGCCUCGAGGCAGCUGACACGCCCGGGACUGUCAGCUCCGACCUGCUGCACCGCCCGCCCCGCCCCGCCCCGCCCUGACUGCUGGUAGCGGCCAC